UGAAAUGCAGAAAUGAAAACUACACAUCCGCUUUAGUAUUCUCAAAUGUGAUUAGAUGUACUUUAUCAUGUUUUUGUGCUACUGAUCUAUAAGGAAUAAAACAAAAACAAAACACUAAAAAGGGGUAACAGUACAGCUAGGACCUGCAACCUCGAUACUUCUGGGAUGAACUGGAACAUCACAAAGAGAGAUUUUAUUUCAGCAUAUUCACACCUCUUCUGAGCCCUCAGCCUAGAUUCAUACACAUUUCUUUCAUCGGCAGUCAUCACGAGACACUUUACCUCUCAGGAUGGCAGACAGUCUCCCUACAGAGUUUGAUGUGGUUAUUAUAGGGACAGGUUUGCCUGAAUCCAUCCUUGCAGCUGCAUGUUCAAGAAGUGGUCAGAGGGUUCUGCAUGUUGAUUCAAGAAGUUAUUAUGGAGGAAACUGGGCUAGCUUCACCUUUUCAGGAUUGCUCUCCUGGUUGAAGGAGUAUCAGCAAAACAGUGACAUUGGGGACAAAAGUACUACUACAUGGCAAGAUCUGAUUCACGAAACAGAAGAAGCCAUCACUCUUCAUAGGAAGGAUGAAACCAUUCAACACACAGAAGUGUUUUGUUACGCCAGUCAGGACAUGGAUGACAAUAUUGAAGAGAUUGAUCGUCUGCAGAAAAAUCCUUCCUUGGUAGCAUCUGGUACCCUUACUAAACCUCUGGAUUCUGCAUGCUUGUCUGAAGAAACACACUCAUUAUAUGGUACGAGCUACGGAAUGUCUGUCAAAGACACUCCAAAAACUGAUGGAGAGAUUUUACUAGAAGUAACUGGGAUAGAGGAAACUCAGGUGAAAGAAAAAUAUUGUGGAGAUAAAACUUGUAUGCACACCAUUGCAGGAGGAGAUAAAGAUGAAAACAAACCUAUAGUGGAAGACAACACUGAUCGACCAAAGAGAAAUAGGAUUACUUACUCUCAAAUAGUUAAAGAAGGCAGAAAGUUUAAUAUUGACUUAGUAUCAAAGCUGCUAUAUUCUCAAGGACUGCUAAUUGAUCUUUUAAUCAAAUCAAAUGUUAGUCGUUAUGCUGAAUUUAAAAAUGUCACUAGGAUUCUUACAUUUCGAGAAGGAAAAGUAGAACAGGUGCCUUGUUCCAGAGCAGAUGUAUUUAAUAGCAAAGAACUCACUAUGGUUGAAAAGAGGAUGCUAAUGAAGUUUCUUACAUUUUGUUUAGACUAUGAACAACAUCCCGAUGAAUACCAAGAUUUCAUACAGUGUUCAUUUUCAGAGUACUUAAAAACUAAAAAAUUAACCCCCAACCUUCAGCAUUUUGUACUACACUCAAUUGCAAUGACAGAGUCAUCCUGUACUACAAUAGAUGGCCUUAGAGCAACAAAAAACUUUCUUCAGUGUCUUGGACGGUUCGGCAACACUCCGUUUUUAUUUCCCUUGUAUGGCCAAGGGGAAAUUCCCCAGUGUUUCUGCAGGAUGUGUGCAGUUUUUGGUGGAAUCUAUUGUCUUCGCCAUAAAGUACAAUGCCUUGUAGUUGACAAAGAAUCUGGCAGAUGCAAAGCAAUUAUAGAUCACGUUGGUCAAAGAAUAAAUGCUAAGUAUUUUAUUGUGGAGGAUAGUUACCUUUCUGAGGAAACAUGCUCAAAUGUGCAGUACAGGCAGAUCUCCAGGGCAGUGCUCAUUACAGAUCAGUCUGUACUAAAGACAGAUUCAGAUCAGCAGAUUUCCAUUUUGAUAGUGCCUCCAGUAGAACCCGGCAUGUGUGCUGUUCGGGUCACUGAAUUAUGUUCUUCAACCAUGACAUGUAUGAAAGACACCUAUCUGAUACAUCUGACCUGUUCGUCUUCUAAAACAGCAAGAGAAGACUUAGAAUCAGUGGUAAACAAAUUGUUCACCCCAUAUGCUGAAACUGAAAUAGAUAAAGAACUUACAAAGCCAAGAGUCUUGUGGGCUCUCUAUUUUAAUAUGAGAGAUUCCUCAGGAGUCAGCAGAAGCUCAUAUAGUGGCUUACCUUCCAAUGUGUAUGUCUGCUCUGGGCCUGACUGUGGACUAGGAAAUGAGCAUGCAGUCAAGCAAGCUGAAACACUUUUCCAGGAGAUCUUUCCAGGUGAAGAAUUCUGCCCCCCACCUCCAAAUCCAGAAGACAUUGUCUUUGAUGGUGAUGAUAAGCAACCAGAGGCUCCUGGAACCAAUAAUAUAAUAAUGGCCAAACUAGAAUCCGCUGAAUGAAGCAAAAACCUAGAAAGCCCAGGGAAGCACCUUCAAGAUUAGAAAAAAGCAAAUUGGAAAUGCUACUUUGGGUCUCCAUCCUAGAAUCAGAAUAUUCUCAUUGAAACGACCGUUUCUUAGAUGAUUAAUUAGAAGUGGUUAUAUGAUGAGUGCUAUGCAGAUGUUUUUAAUUCUGUUUGAGACAUUCAGUCAUGGAUGUCUUUGUUAACCUAUCAGUAACUGAUUUAUUGGUUAUUGGACUUUGUUUCAGAAUAUACUCCAUAAUCCAGAAUCUUAAACAGGUUAGCUUUAUUUUAGUAUUGAUAUGUAUGUGAGGAUUCCACAUUAGCAACUGUGCUUAAAGGAAGGUAAUAUUGUGUCUGCUAAUGACCUUCAGAUUUUAUUGUGACAAUGACAAUAUCUAAGGAAUAUUUUACUUUGCAGUUGUUAUAGUUGCUACCACUUCUGAAUAAAACACAGAGUAAAUUAUGUGGGCCUUUUGUAUAUAAUAUAAACAUAUACAUGCUAGCAAUAGCAAUUAAUGCAAAUGCCAAUACGAUAAAAUACAUUUGUCUAAUUAAAAGGUUAGCUUUACAUGAUCCUUUAUUUGUGAAGGUAUGAUGUUUACAAUAAGUCUUGUGGUUUAAUUCUCCUGCUUGACCCUUGUAACCAAUGAGGCAAUGUCACCACACAAUCUUCAGUUAGUUGUUGAAGAGCUCAUUCUUUGGAGGUUCAGUCCAAAAAAAGUCUAGGGAAUAAUAUUGGUUCUGAUUUAAUACUUCAGAAAAUUUUUACAGAACCCAUAUCUGUCACCUGAAAGAAAAGAAUUUCCAACAAGUAACUCAGGACAAGAGAAAAAAAUAAAUUGCUCCAGGAAACAGAUACUUCAUACUGACUGUUGUGAAAUUUCAAG